CUAAACUCCUGUUCAACAGGUUUAAGUGACGCCGUACGGGGGGCGUGGCGUCGCGCGUUCAGCGAGGAGACGCAGAGAACGUGAAGGAGCAGCUGGGAGCGGCGUGGACAUGGAGGACGUUCUGCUGUGGGUUGUGGGUGUGCUGUUACUCCUGUUCUGCACUCUGGAUGUGUGGUAUUACCUGCGUGCCGUGUUGGUGGUGACCAAAGCCUGGUUCCUCUCACCUGUGUUUGACGUGACCGGAGAGCAGACAGCCAGCGGACGCGUGGUUCUCAAUGAUAUAGACCUGUGCCACAUGAACAACGCUCGAUACCUACGCGAGUGCGACUUUGCCAGAUUGUCUUUGUACACCCGUAAUGGAGUCUUCAAGGCUUUGAGGGCACUCGGGGCCACAGCGGUGGUCGGAGCAACUACCAUCCGCUACAGACGGCCGCUGUGUGUCGGCGAGGCGUUUGAGCUGCGCAGUCGAAUCGUCAGCUGGGAUGAGAAAUCCUUUUAUCUGGAGCAGCGCUUCGUGUCUUGUAAAGAUGGGAUGGUCUCGGCUGUUAUGUUCUGCAAGCAGAAUGUUCUGCGCAGCACUCCAGACAAGAUCCUGCAAUACCUGUGCAAGAGAAAGGUUGAAGUGCCCGAGUUUCCUGAAGACCUGCAGCACUGGAUCAAUUUCAUCACGGCCAGCAGCAAAGCCCUGAGGGGGGAAAGUCAGCUCCAUGAUAAAAAGAGCCAAUGAAGACUUGCUGCCUUUAAAUGAACUCAAACACACUGCUUUACAAAACAGCAACAUGCAUUCAACUCUCAGGCGUUUGGACACUCCAGAGCACAAUAAUAAUCUGACUUCUGCUGUAGUUCAUAAACCUGGAUCAUGCCAUAUUAUGACUUGUGCAGAUUGUAAGAUUAUGAAUAGCCAUGAAUAUAUGCUUAAAAUCAAUGCAUGAACAAAUGAUUAUUUUUAUUUGCAUUUCAGAUUUAACAAAACAAUAAAAGCAAAAAUAAGAACAAAAAAUAAUAUAUAUUUAAGCAAAAAUGACACAAUGCAAAA